GUGUUUAAGGCUUUCCUAGACAGUAGCUGACACUUCCCCCGUGGCGAAUGCGAAUCAGAUCCAUCCAUCCAUUCCAUGUCAUCACCAUCGCCAUCGCCAUUUCCUUCGCCAGCAGCGUCUUCUUCCCAUUUAUUUGUAUGGCCUCUUCGUUUUUUUCAGGAACGCGACUUUCAUUGGUCGGUCUAUUGCUUGCCACCAACUCUUUGCUUUCAGUUCCUCGCCUGACCGCUAAUGUUUUUACACUACCUGUUUUCGUUCGCCUCCCUCAAUCUACUCCAAACACAGAUUGCAGGUCAAAUACCGCAAACGAUCUCUAUUGAUCAUCACGGCUUUUGUGCUCUAUUUUUGUG